AUGAAACUUCGUGACCUAGUUCUUCGCAAGCUACAGCGGCAAAUCGACAAGAACGUCUUGACGCCGCUGCCCGAUCGCUAUCUCCAUUGGCUAGUUCUCACAUUUCCUAGUCCCAAUCCAUGGGGGGCGCUAGCGGCCACCGUGCUGGAAGAUCGGCGAAUCCAGGCGGCGGCCAGGGCCAAGGAGAUCGAGGAGUCGCUCCAGCCGCGGGAUUACGCAUCGGUUCUCCGAUCCUCGGGGCUUUCCGGGGAUCUGGAGCUGGGGAGAGCGAUCCAAGCACAGGUUCUCGACAGCAGGUACUCGCGAUCGAAGUAUCUCUCGGAUCACAUUGUGGGGAUGUAUGGGAAGUGCGGCAGCGCCGCAUCGGCGAAGCAGGUCUUCGACGCGAUCGACAGGAGGGAUGUGAUCUCUUGGAAUAUUUUGAUCGCGGCUUAUGCCCAGGGAGGGUUUCUUGAGGAGGCGAGCGCUGUGCUCCAGCAUAUGGCGAAGUGGAGCGUCGUGUCGGUGAAUUCGAUGCUCUCGGCCUACGCGCGCAGCGGGCGGAUGCUAGCGGCAAGGAAUCUCUUCAAUCGAAUGCGGCAGAAGAGCUUGGUCUCCUGGAACGUGAUGAUCUUCGGGUAUUCCCGGGAAGGGAAUUUGCGAGACGCGCAGCAUUUCUUCGAGAUCAUGGGCGAAAGAGAUCCAGUCUCGUGGACGACAAUGCUACACGCUUACGCAGCGAGCGGGGAUUUCACGAAGGCAAAGAAAUUUGUGAAGAGGAUGGCGAAGCACAAUCGCGUGGCGUGGAACGUGAUGAUCACAGCGUAUGCCCAAUUCGGUCAGAUGCUCGACGCGAAGAAGCUCUUCGACUGGGUGCCAGAGAGAAGUGUCCUGUGCUGGAACUCGAUCAUUGCAGGCUUCGCUCAGCUCGGCUGCUUGAAGGAGGCGACGGAGGUGUUUUCCAGGAUUCCAAGCACGGAUGACUCGUCUUGGCCGUCACUGAUCCAUGCAGCAAUGGUGGCUGGCGAUUUGGAGACGGCCAAGAGCUUGUUCCACCAGAUGCCCGGGAAGCAUGUCAUAGUCUGGACGGGAAUGGUUCAGGGGCUCGUCCAAAACAGAGACUUGGAUCUAGCAAAGCUCGUGUUCGAGAGGAUGCCGUGCAGAAACGUGAUCUCCUGGAACACCAUGCUGGCUGCGCACAACUCUAGAGAAGAUUUGGAGCAGUGCCGGAGCUUGUUCGAUGCAAUGCCGCAGAGAACACAGGUGUCAUGGACGACGCUCUUCACGGCCUAUGCUCGAAACGGGUAUAUCCAAGACGCGCGGGACGUGUUCUUCAAGCUUUCUCACUGGUGCCUCAUCUCGUGGACGGCGAUGAUGGCGUCCUUCGUGCAAAACGGCCGGGUCUUCGAAGCCCAGGAGAUGUUUGAUCAAGUCCCAUACCGUGACGCGAUCGCCUGGGACACGAUGAUCUCCGCCUACGCUCAGAAUGGCCACUGCGUCGACGCGUUUGAGCUGCUCAAGGUGAUGGCCUUGGAAGGGACUCGGCCUUACGAGGGAACGAUGCUGUGCAUCCUCACGGCGUGUGCCCACGCGGGCUUGGUUGCCAAAGGCUUGGAGUGCUUUAGCAGCAUGGUUAGCGACCAUGGCUUGCGGCCGAGCUCGGAGCACUACAGGUGCAUGGUGGACAUGCUUGGGCGAUCGGGGCAGCUCAAGGACGCGGUUGAUCUCAUUGACACCAUGCCGUUUCUGCCCGACUCUACGAGCUGGAACGCGCUGCUGGGGGUUUCCAACGUCCAGCGUGAUGCCGAGAAGCUUGUGGAGAGCGCCGCGGGGAAUGCGAGCACGCUGGAUCCAAACGACGCAGCUCCAUACGUCUUGUUGUCGACAGCGAAAAGUUAUUCCGCGACGCUCUGACUUGGUAUAAUGGUUUUUUCUUCACGCAAUCUCUAUGGAUGCGACUCAGCAUUGCGAAGAGCUAGAAAUCUGGAAGAUGAUGCAAACCACGAUUUCUGGAUUUGGAAAAACAUGGAGCACGAGCAGGCUCCACCUCGAAAACACCCUGGAGGGAUGAAAACAAACGUUUCUUCACAAAGAAGUGAGGUACACUUCCAUAUUUUUGCUUGUCACGGGGGCAGGAGAAGAGAAAGAGGUCUUUGAUUGAUCGAGUCAAGACGAACGACUCGAGUAAGUAUUGACAAAGUAAACCUUUGCAGUUUCAUCCAUUUUCCAUCGCUGAGAUCGUGACCUGUUGACUGUUGAGCUCGUGCCUUUGAUUCCUUCGUUCAAAACAUACAAACUCAUUCAUUGUCGUGGCAGCAAAAUCUCGGCAUUUUGCGCAGCUCAGCGCCAAACAAAAUUAAAACGUUUCACUCCCUCGAA